AUUACAAUCUUCUUUAGUAGCCUAGAUUCUAACAUGGCAUUAGAGCUUUGAUAUCACACGCAUCUAGUAUCAUGGCCGAUUCCAACAGCAACACCAACUCGGUUUCUAGCGGUGUCACCACGAGUUCUGAUUCAGCUUAUGUUCUGCAUCCUUCUGACAAUCCUGGUAUUUCUCUCGUCACUCAGAGUCUCACCGGAGACAACUAUGCUACCUGGUGUCGGGCCAUGCACAUGGCUCUCAUGGCCAAAAAUAAAUUUGGUUUCGUCGAUGGAACCAUCAGAAAGCCUGAUUCAUCCGAUGCUAAAGCCUCACAGUGGGAGCAAUGCAACCGAAUGGUAUACUCCUGGAUCCUGAAUUCGAUGCAUCAUGACAUCGCCAAUAGCGUGAUGUAUGCUGAGAAAGCCAGCAAGGUAUGGAGUGAACUCAAUGACCAAAUGGUGAUGCAAUUUCUUAUGGGCUUAAAUGAAAGCUACAAUGCCAUAUGUAGUCAAAUCCUCUUGAUGGAUCUUCUUCCCACUGUUAGCCGUGCAUAUUCCCUGUUACUUCAGGAUGAAUGACACCACAAUUUGCAUUUGGUUACUUCUUCUACUGAUGCUGCUGCACUUUCUGUUAGUCGUCCUCCUAUUUCAUAAAAACAUUCCUUGUAUUGUGAUCAUUGCAAGAGGACCAAUCAUACGAUUGAUCGAUGUUUUCUUGUCCAUGGAUUUUUCAAUAAAAAUAAUAGGCAUCAACAGCAAGGGAUGAACAAAUCGUCUCUUUCCAAUCAGCGCAGCCAGUAAGCUUCUACUUCUUUGGACACUACCACUAAAGGCGACGCUCAUGGGGAGCCCUUCACUUUAGAUCAGUAUCAGCACUUGAUGGCCCUUCUCUCUACCAUGGCUCCUACUACUUCAUCUAGCCCAGCAGCCAAUGUUUCUGGUAAUAUCUCUUGUCCUGCUUCAAUUUCUUCAUAUUAGAUUAUUGAUACAGGGGCUACACACCACAUGGCUUGCUCCAAGUCCUCCUUUGUCACACUAACACCAUAAUCUAUCCUUGCUCCUGUCACUUUACCAAAUGGUCAGACUGCAAAUAUCUCUUUUACAGGAACUGUUAUUUUGCCUAAUGGGCUUCGCCUGGAUGAUGUUCUUUAUAUCCCUUCCUUUAAUCUAAAUUUACUUUUUAUUUCUCAUCUCACACAUACUUUUUUUUGCCUUGCAAUUUUUCAUCCUG